GUAAAGCUACCUGUACAGAACCUGGCAGUGUGUUUUUAUUUGUGUGCAGGUGUGGAGCUGACCUUCAACUACAACCUGGAGUGUCUUGGUAACGGGAAGACGGUGUGUAAAUGUGGAGCGCCCAACUGUUCCGGGUUCCUGGGGGUCCGACCAAAGAACCAGCUGUCUAAAGCACGGGAAGGAAGGGAACUAAAGGAGGGCAAGAAGAAGGUUCUGGUGAAGAAGAAGCCUCAGCUGGAGGUGACGAAGGAGAGGGAGGACGGGUGUUUCAGCUGUGGGGACGGAGGACAAAUCGUGUCCUGUAAGAAGCCAGGAUGUCCCAAGGUCUACCAUGCAGACUGUCUCAACCUGGCCAAGAGACCUGCAGGCCGUUGGGAGUGCCCCUGGCACCAGUGUGACAUCUGCGGUCAUGAGGCGGCCUCCUUCUGUGAGAUGUGUCCCAGCUCCUUUUGCACGCAGCACCGUGAGGGCUUGCUCUUCAUCUCUAARAUAGAUGGGCGGCUCGCCUGCAACGAUCACGACCCCUGUGGACCCGAGCCCCUGGAACCAGGGGAGAUCAGGGAGUACGUACCUCCUGGUGGCAUGCCUCUCCCCCACCCCCUGGGUCUGGUCCCACCCAGGCCUGGUUCCACCACUGCUGGUUCUAUCCCCUCCACAGUUGCCCCAGACCUGACCCAGGACUCGCUACUGCCCCCUACAGGGAGCUUGUUCCUCAACACCUCCCAGAACUCCAAUACCUCCUCCUACGGACCCCCUAGCAGUCCCUACAUGUCUGAUAGUCAAAUACUGCACUUCUCCCUUCCUUCUCCCCCCUCCUACAAGGACGUGAAAGAGGAGGAGGAGGUUGGAGAGCUGGAAGACGGACAGGUGGGUGGAUUAGAAGAGGAUGCAGAGGAGGAUGAAGAAGAGGACGAGGAGGAAGGAGAGGCGAUGGAGGUAGUUGAGGAGGAAGAUGAGCAGUAUGAGGGCAGACUAGGAGAGGAGGAAGGGGGAGAUGUGUAUGACACCUGGGGGGACUACAUGGAGGAGGAGCCAGACGAUGAGGGGGAGGUAGAGGAGGAGGAGUGGGGAAGGGUGGAGGAUGAAGAGAAAUGAACUCUGUUUACAUCCCUCCCCCUUGUCUUCCAUUCCUUCUUCCAUCUCUACGAAAAUACUUUUUCUCUAGCUCUCAUCUCUCUAGUGACAUUCUGAUGGACUGACAAUGAGAAAGAGAUUGUCCUGGUGGUGCCAAGCGAAAUACGAAGCUGCCUUUGUGUUCGCACUGCAUUGCCUUCCUAUGCCCAGCAUAGCACAGUGUGGGAUAUAAACUGGUGCUAAAGGGCUGGGAAGACUGCUCUGGUCAACCU